AUGUACCACUACGACCCUUGUCGCAUCCACAACAGCACCCAACUACAAUUCGCAAGGUACCUCUUCCAACUACUACGCCCAUCAUUACCUGCAAACCAAAAUGAUGCAAAAUGUCCCACGGUCAUCCUGGAACGCAUCAAGGGACUAACCAUUGAACCAGAUGAAGUAAUGGUCUCUUUCGAUGUGACCUCACUGUUCACCAACAAACCAAAGCAAAUGGCCAUCGAAAGUAUCCGACACCUGUUGUCAAACGAUCAAAAUUUGCAAUUAAGAACGAAACUUUCUGUGGACGAAAUAGUUAAAUUCGUAGAACUCUGUAUGGAAACCUAUUUCCAAUUCCGCGGGAAGGUGUACCAGCAGAUACAGGGAACUCCAAUGGGUUCGCCACUCUCAGGGCUGCUUGCAGAUGCGGUUAUGAAACACUUCGAAGUCAAAGCCUUUGAAAUUCUACAACCUCGUCUGUGGAUACGUUAUGUGGACGAUACAUUCGUUAUACUCAGAGCCUUCACAGUAGAUUAG